UCGGCGUGAUGCUGUCGGUCACACGUCUGACAGAUAUUCAGAAGCCGUAAAAGGUCAUACAGGAGGGUGCACUGGACAUGGUCAACUAGCCUGUUUAAUUUAAUAUCGACGUUAUUAUUAAUAAUAUUAUUAUUAAUCAUACUAAUAAUAAUAAACUAGGCCAUGCAAGUUUUGAAGAAUCGUUUUGAAGCAGCAUUUAAAUAUCAAUGUUGAAUACAAAAUACAAUUUACAGAAGACAUAGUUUCAAUUAAGAAGUCAAUUAAUUAAAUCCUAAAAUCAAUUGUAUUAAUAUUGCCCAAAAAGAAUAUGAAAAAAAUACAAGGACAGCCUCCUAAAAAAUAAAAAUAAAAAUAAGUAUAGGCUUGAAGUGCAAUCAUUUGAAGAAUGUGUUUCUAAGAAGUUGUCAAGCAACUUCUAGCAGCCGCCAAACACUGAUGGCACCAUGACAUAUUAAGAAAUUAAAAUGCCAUGCUUAUGUGGGCUAAAGGGUUUUGUUUGCCCGUUACUAAAGGCAACACAAAUAUAGCCACAUAUACUUAUUAUAAUUUGCUGAUCAUUUCCCUUACUGUAAUGCCUGUCUCUUUUCUUUUUCUUUACUUAUUUUUUAAGUAAGUGCUUCCCAUGUACUAUAAAUCGCCAUGGGAUGUUUAUGUUAUCGUACUCAGCCAGGAGGAAUGUCGGCUGUUAGGGCGUGUUUAUGUUCCAGCUCCUCUUUCAUUUUCAUUUGAUAUGAUGGAGAAACGAAAUGAUUCCACACAACACCGAGACGUUUGUGAGAGGACAAUUGUGGAUCCCUGAUGUGAGCUGUUUUCAUGAUGAUGGAGAAAAUACUGAUGAUUCUGAUCCUCCUCACGUCACUGACAGGCGUGUGUCCCUGGAGACCCGGACAGACAUAUGUCCGGGCAGGUGACAUGGUGGCGCUGUACUGCCGCCAUGACAGUUCUAGUCACAGGGAUGCCAAAGUGAUCUGGACCAGUUCCAGAACCCAGGAGAGGGACCUGAGCGACAUGUCCUCAGCUGAGCAGACGCGGAUGGGGUUGCUGGUUCGUGGGAGAAGUCUUGUGAUUCUCAGCGCUUCUGUCAACCACCAGGGGAAUUACUCAUGCUCUCUGGGGAAUGCCAGCAGCCGGUUCUGGUUCAGGCUGAUCGUAUGCACAACGCGGUCCAGAGAGUGUGAGGAGAGGACCCAGUACCCUCAAACAUGUUACACACAGGAGGCCUGCACAUUGAAUUGUCCCGAGGUAAACAUACCUGCUGCGAGCACCCCGAAUAUCACCAGCAACGGCAUUAUAUGGCACAAGGAGGGCGAGCCAAAAGAUGGCUACUUCUCAAGUGUGGAAGAGAAUGACCACGGUGUCUACACCUGUACCAGAUCUUACCUGUAUCACAGACAAGUAUAUAACAUGACCUUUACGGUGGUGCUUAAAGUCAAACCGAAGGGAAAAUCUGGACAAUCAAUGAUACUUUCUCCACGCAGAAGUGGUGUCCUUAAUGUAGAUUUAGGCACAACACUGGUGGUUGAUUGCAAAGCCGUUAUGUAUUCAGACUUUGACGACGUGUUGUGGUUAGACCGGAAAUCAGAGGUGGAAACGAACAGCAGCUUUCCUGUUUUCUACAAUUACACACGGGAGAGUAACGCUGCAGAGAUAAAGAUGACGGCAUCGCUAGUCUUCAAAAAGGUGUCAGAGGAGGAUUUAUCAAAAAUGUACACCUGUAGACUGGAUGCUGUAUCUGGACCCUCAAGCUUCGUCACCAUCACGUUAGCCCAAAAAGCGCCUCCCUCGCCCCUCUCCCUGGCUCUCGGCAUUGCGGCCGUCAUGCUGCUGAUUGUUGUAACAGUUGUUGUUUUGGUGAAACGGAAAAUGGACAUCGCUCUUUUCCUGCGUGGCACUUUUUCUUGCUAUCGCAGCACCUCAGAUGGAAAGAGCUAUGAUGCCUUUUUGAUGUGUUACAAGAGCGACACAGACACAGGGCUAAAUGAAGAUGACAGGAAAUGCCUGGAGAGUGUUUUGGAAGAGAGGUUUGGUUACAGUCUCUGUCUUUAUGAUCGUGACGUCUCGCCAGGGAAAGCCGCAGCCGAGGCAGUGCUGGACUGUAUAGAGCAGAGUCGGACGGUGGUUUUGGUUCCUACCUCCCCAGAUCCUGGAUCAGGAUCUGGCCUGCUGAGUGCCAUCCAUGCAGCCCUUGUGGAGCGGCAGACUCGCUUGGUUUUCAUCCAAACGGAGACAACAGAAGCGCCCAGGUCUGGUUCCUUACCGGAGGCCUUGCAGCUUCUUGGCGAGGCCGGAGACUGUGUCACGUGGAAGGGCGUGAGCUCCAUGCCGCAUUCUUCCUCCUUCUGGAAGCAGCUACGAUAUCACCUGCCGGCCCCGAGGAAGGCAUCAAAAAUAAAGCUUUUACCUACGGCAAUCUAGGAUGUUACCUCAUGCAAGAAUGAAUAACUUUUAUCAUAUCUCUUUUCAGUGUAUGACUUACACAUGCAGUAUAUAAAAAAUGCAUACUAGGAAAAGAUAUUUACUGCUGCCAUACUUCUUUAGUUUUAUGUCAAUGGAACAUCUUGCAUUGUUAAAUUGACCUCCACGUGUUUCCCUUUUACUAUGAAAGCUGACGCAAAGACAUGUAACAGAAUUAUGAAUGUAAGGUAAACAUUUUAAGUUGCUUCUGGUCACAACAGUAUACGCUGUCACUAUACUGACAUAUAAAGAAAUGCUGGACUAGUGUAUUCUCAUGAAAGUUGGGGUGUUGCUUUUCACAGGGUCUCAUUAAUUAAAAUCCGCACUAUAUAUUCAAAUGUAGUAACUGGAUAUCUCUUCUAUAAUAUUAAACAUUUCUUGCCAUA